CCCCAACGUUCUUCCUUGGCUCCUUCCACUUUGUCAAUUGUUAAAACUGUUAUCAUCAUUUACAUUAGGCGUCUCACGUAGUCACGUCAAUAUUGUAUUUGGGAGCGUUAUAGUUCAUUGCUCAUUGAUUUUCCUUCUGAAGUUUUCGCUAUUCUUUUAACUUUCAUUUAUUUUUCUAUUACUUUAGAACUUUUUCAACUACCAGAAUGUCUAGGAAAUUCUUUGUUGGAGGCAAUUGGAAAUUGAAUGGCACGAAGAAAAUCGCUGACGAACUUCUGGGAAAUUUAAUAAAAGGUCCCCUGGAUCCUAAUGUUGGUAAGUAAACGAUUAGAAUUGUUUAAGACUUAUAAUUAAUUUUAAAAAUGUUGUAGAGGUUUUGAUUGGAGUGCCUUAUGUUUAUUUGGAUUAUGUCAAAGAAAAGGCCCCAUGUAAUAUAUAUGUGGCAGCACAGAAUUGUUUUAAAACUGAAAAAGGCGCAUUUACUGGAGAAAUAAGUCCCAGCAUGUUAAAAGAUAUUGGCAUUGAUUGGGUGAUUUUAGGUCAUUCUGAACGACGACAGAUUUUCCAUGAGACUGAUACCGUAAGUAUUUAAUUAUUUUCUUACUAAACCAAAUUACUGUUUGUAUGUAGUAAAUAAAUUUUUUUGAUUAGUUAAUUGCUGAAAAAAUAAAUUAUGCUCUUGAAUCUGGAUUAUCUGUUGUCGCAUGUAUUGGCGAAACACUCGAAGAACGCGAAGCUGGACAAACUGAAGCUGUUGUAGCUAAACAAAUUAAAGCUAUCAAAGAUAAAAUAUGCAAUUGGGAAAAUGUAGUAGUGGCUUAUGAGCCAGUUUGGGCAAUUGGUACUGGUAAAACUGCUAGCCCUCAACAAGUAUGAAGUUUUACUUUACUCGAAUCCUUUAAGUAUAUUAAAAACAAUUUUUUUUUUUUAGGCCCAAGAAGUCCAUAAAAUCUUGAGAAAAUGGUUAGCUGAUGAAGUGAAUGAAACCGUUUCUAAAACUACACGCAUCAUUUAUGGAGGAUCAGUUACUGCAUCUAAUUGUAAAGAACUAGCUAAGGAAAGCGAUAUUGAUGGAUUUUUGGUCGGAGGGGCAUCUUUAAAACCAGAGUUUGUUGACAUUGUUAAUGCUAAGAAGUAGUUCAUUUAAAUAAUAAAUGUGUGUAUGUAAAUACAUUGUUGGUUUGUUACAUGAGUUUAGUCUAAUGUCUAACUUAAUUAAUUUAGAAAUGAUUUUAAUGAAGCAACAAUUCUGUGAAAAAUAUUUAUGUUUUAACUUUUUAAUUUUUAAUUUACAAAUUUAGUGUAUUCAAUUAUUAAUUUAUCUGUAUUAUAGAUAAAUAAAAAAAGAAACAAAUUACAAUAAAUCCAUUCAAAAUUGAAUAAUAGCGUUGAACAUUUGUACCUAUAACUCAUAUUAUUAUGGUGAUAUAAUAUUCCAC